AAGUCUCGUUGUUCUCUCGCGAUAUUUAUUUAAGCAGUGCUUCCAUCAUGGCAGGCAGUAAGUUGGUGCUAGAAGGAAGAGUAAGUAUAAAAAGCUUUAUAUUAGGGCUCAGCGUGGUCGUAAUCCCAUUGAUCAGAACCUGCUUUGGACAUCUUGACUGGGUCUUUGAUUAUCUGACAGAAACUCCAGGGAAAAUAGCCAUUAUUAUCUACAUUGCGGUUAUCAACGGCCUCUUGCUCAUCACAUACAGGGGACCUCUGUACAAGGUUGCUGUGAGAGCCUGCUUUCUGGGAGUUACUUUCGGCUGUGGCUUAGUUAUAAGCUGCUCUGAAACCACCUGGACACACUUUGGCUGGUACAUGUGCUCGCUGUCAUUCUUCCAUUACUCUGAGUACCUGGUGACGGCCAUCAUUAACCCUCGUAGUCUGUCACUGGACUCGUUCCUGCUCAACCACAGUGUGGAGUACACCCUGGCUGCUGUCUCAUCAUGGGUGGAGUUCACUGUGGAGAAGCUCACAGUUCCAGAGCUGAAGCAGCUGAGCUGGUUGAGCUUGGUGGGUCUGCUCAUGGUGCUGUGUGGCGAGGGCCUGCGCAAGGCAGCCAUGUUGACGGCCGGCUCCAACUUCAACCACAUCGUCCAAAAUGAGAAGGCCCAGAGCCACGUCUUGGUGACCGACGGAGUCUACUCCUACUUCAGACACCCCUCCUACGUGGGCUGGUUCUACUGGAGCAUAGGAACCCAGGUCUUGCUGUGUAACCCGGUGUGUAUACUGGGAUACACGAUAGCCAGCUGGCGGUUCUUCCGGGAGCGGAUCGAGGAAGAGGAGCUGUCCCUCAUCCAUUUCUUUGCAGAGGACUAUGUGGAGUACAAGAAGAAGGUUCCCACUGGGCUACCCUUCAUCUCAGGAAUCCGCGUCAACUAGACCAAGGAGCUGGAUGCUGGACCUAACAGACUUAAAGCACUGAAGCAGGUCAGACCUGGUGGAUGUGAGGCAUUAGCCAUGGCUGCCCUCCGGAGUGGGGGGGGAUGGGGGGGGACCCUGCAGCUGGCUGAGCCCUGUAGCUCACAGACAGAGACCAUGACAGCUGGUGCAGCGGAAGCAGCUGGGCUGCUGUUUUUCUACCAACCUCCAUAGUCCACUUAGAAAGGCCAGACGACCAAUGAGCUCCAUGUAUCCCACUAGCACUCACUCCAUCUGUCUCACUUGUUUCUGUUUGCAUGCUUUGACCAUGAUGACCUGCGCUGAAGACUGAAAUGACGCUUCUUUGAUGUUGUUACAACGAAUGUUUGGAGAUGUUUCAGUUUCACAGGAAGUCCACCAGGUUCAGAAGGUGUUUGAGUGAUUAUGGUCGUUAAUAUCAGCCCCAGUUCUCACUAAAGUCUGUCAGUUAAAUAGAAAACAAUCAUCCCCUGUAGUAGAGCUCUUCACCCUCCACUCUGUAUCUACAAACCUUGAGGCAGAACAGGGUCCACAUGAUCUGAUGGCUGUGUGAAAUGUGCAGGAACAGUGAUGUGGAUCUGGUCCAUGUGGAUCAGGUCUUUCUUUGGAAAUGAAUUCAUUCACAUCAUCUGUAUCUUUGCAGAAGACGACAGCUGUCGUCAUCUCGGAUUCACAACAGAAACGGUUAAAAACAAAAUGAUUGUAGAAGCUUCUCAAACCGACGACAGAGCUGAAGACGCUGCUUCACGUCCUGCUUUAGUUCCAAAGCUCAGACACACGUAGCAUAUUUAACAAUGACAGCUGAACAUACACGGUCACAGUGAUUCUGAAGUGUCCCUCAUUACUUUAUUCUUCCUGAAGGCAGAGUCUCUUUAAUACAGGCUGACUGAGAGCAUCCAGACCACGAGGAAGGAACAACAGGUCAUAAAACGCUUUCAUUUAGAACUUUAUCCACCAAAAUAUUGAAGUUUUUAAGAGGGUCGAGUCGUUGUUGGGGAGCUCCAUCAUCUACUGGUAGACAGAGACUGAAUAUACUGGUCAGUACUGGGCUGCUCUAACGUCUUAACACUGUAAUCCACUCAGGCUAAAGUCCUUCAGCCACUAGUCCCACCUUCAGUUUGGAUGAAACUUAACUUUCAGGUGUUUUUUGGAAUGGUUGAAUUGAUCGUCUCUGGUGAAAUAUUUUAUAUUUAAUUUAUUUGGUCACAUUUCUGCACACAGGAAUGUGACAAAAUAGAUCAUUAAAAGUGUCUCUCCAUCA